AUGCGCGUGACCCCCGCGUUCACCGGUCGAGGACCGACUUCUACCUGCCACCGAUGGAGCCAGGGAGCCUACCGUCAUUGGAACAACUGCCCCGGGAGGGCUCCCCACUGUCAUGCCCACGCUGCUGUCCACGCUGCCUUGCUUCGCUCCGUCCGCUGCCCGAUCUGGUUCCCGUACCAGGGUAGCCAAGCGCACUGGUCCACAGAUUGCACUGGCACCUCCACACCGGAUCGGACCCGAUUUGGGCCCAUCGGGGACCCCAGAGCAGCUCCCCAGCUGUCAAUCAACUCUGACCUGCUUCCAGCUUCUGCCAAGGAGCACAGCUACGAGGUGAGGUUUGCUGUUUAA